AUGCCCGCCGCCGCUUCCGCACGCAAGUCGACGCCAACGCGCAAGUCGACUCCUCGACGCGCCCGUUCCUCGUCGGUCGCUUCCAACGCCUCCACAGCCGCGCCCACUUCGCCUUCCGCAUCUCCCCGCAAGACCAAAAAGCAGAAGGAAGCUGCUGCCGCUGCUGAGCACGCCGCAGAUGCCAAGCCCGACCUCGCCCGUCCCAAGCUUCCCACCAAGAAGAACCCGAGACUGAAAGAGGUUGACGAGGCCGUCGUCAAGCUUCAGAUCAUCAAGCGCGAAGGCCACAACAUCAUCAUCGGUCGUGUCAAGCUGCCCACCGUGAAUGGCCAGGAUCACGCUUUCCUGCUCAAGCGUUUCGACACCAACGCCAUGGCCGCCUCCUCCAUGUUCCGCCUCGCAUUCCCCUUCGCCGACGGCAAUGCCGAGGCUGCCGAGAUGCAGUUCCUCGACGCCAAGUACGACACCAACCGCGCCAACGGCGGAUACAUCGUCGAGGAAGUCAAGGUCCCCGAGACUCCCAAGAAGCGUGGCCGUCCUCGCAAGACCGCAGAAACCCCCAAGAAGGAUGCCGCCACCGACACCGAGUCGGCCAGCGGCGACAAGCAGAUUCGUGUUCUUCCCGAAGGCAGCACCGGUGUCCGUCUCCAGGGCACCUGGAUCCCCGCUCAGGACGCCGCCGAGGUCGCCGAGGCCUACGGCAUCGCCAAGUACGCCAGCGCUCUCAUCAACGCCACCGCUGAGCACUCGGAAGACGGCGGUGUUCCCAUCCUCACUUCGGCCCCCGUUGCCGAAAUCAAGACGCCUCGCAAACGCCAGCGCGUUUCGGCCGCUGCUGCUGCUGCUUCCGACGCCGAAGCUUCGCCCAAGCUCGUCCAGAAGGUCACUCGCGUCGAGAACGCCGACGGCUCCAUCUCCAAGGUCAACAUCGAGUCCACUCUGGAGGGUCAGACCUCCAACGGCAUCCCCGCCGCUCUCUCGCAGGCCGAGAUCGAAGCACAGAUCGCAGAGGCCAAGGCGCUCGCCGCUGGCAUCCAGAAGUCGGCAGCCGGAAGCAAGAGCCCCUCGACGCGUGGUCAGAAGCGCCGCGCGGUCAACGACCGACCCACCGCCGAGCUUGACCCCUUGGCUGACGACGAGGACUACGCCGAGUCCGGUCGGGUCGUGCGUGCCUUCCGACGAGGUACUCGCGCCGCUCGCAAACGUCCCAUCGCCACCACAGCCGGUGCUGUCGCUGCUGCCGGCGCCGUCGGUGCUGGUGCGCUCGCCUGGAUCUCGGGCGGCAACCCCGACAUUGCCAUCCAAACGCUCCAGACCAGCUUGCAGAGCAUCGGCCUGCAGAACCUCCAGAACCUCGGUCUGCAAAACUUGCAGCAGUACGGUGCUCAGCUCGGUGGUCAGCUCGCCUCUUACUUCCCGUGGUGCAGCCAUCUCGUCUGCGCCGUAGGAAUCCGAGACGAUACCUGCGCAUCUUCGACCCUCAUCACCCUCCAUUCGACUGGCGUCAUCGAAAGCUCCUCGCUCAACCGACACCCGCAGCCAAUCCUUUCCCGAGCUGCUGCCAUCUCCACCUUUGUAGAUUUCGACGACCCGGCUCUCCCUCUUUCUCCCAUCUCUCAGUCGUGGAUCUACACGACGUUGAUACGGCCCCUCCUUCGCUUUGUGCUGCCCUCUUUGGUGUACUUUUUUCUCCCCGUGCCCGGCCUCUCCCUUUCGGACUCGAUCGUUCUUCGGUAUACACCCUUGCCGGCCCCAACGUGGAGCUAG